AUGUUUCUCCAUGUAUUUCUCCUCCAUGUUUUCCACUGCUAUAUAUAAACCUCUCCACCUCCUCUCAUAUGCCCAAGCUAGCCCUUGUUCUCUCCCUUUCUCCAAUCUCCAUCAUAGAUUUUUUUUUGGGCACCCGUCAUUGCAACAAAACUGGGUAUUUACGACGGAAAUUAAGCCUUAAAUCCCUAGCUAGCUAACUCCCCUUGAGCCUUAUGCGAUGGUGAAGUUCUCGAAACAGCUGGAAGCUCAGCUCAUUCCGGAAUGGAAGGAUGCUUUUGUCAACUACUGGCAGCUCAAGAAACAUAUCAAGAGAAUCAAGAUUUCCAGAUCUUCCAAACACGCUCCUCACCAUCAGGACGGCAAUAUCGGCUUCUCCAUUCUUGAUCCCAUCCGACUCGUUGCCAACAAAAUCUCGGAUUGCCUCUCCACUACUUCUACCAAAACCCCUCAGAUUAUCGAGGUAAGGAGCAAAACGCAUCAUGUACUGGAAGAAGGAGAUAUAAGUGAAGAUCAAGAAGAAGUUUAUGAAACUGAACUUUCGCAGUUGUUUUCAGAUGAAGAUGAGAUAAAACAGUAUUUCGCGACACUGGAUGACGAGCUUAACAAAGUGAAUCAGUUUUACCGAAGCAAGGAGAGUGAGUUUGUUGAGAGAGGAGAGAAUCUGAACAAGCAGCUUCAGAUAUUGCUGGACCUCAGGCACGUCUUAAAUGACCGACGACAACGUAAGCUGUCGUCUUCCAAAUCCGGCUCCGGCUUCUUUUCCCGCUCCAUGUCCUUCUCCAGCAGUGCUCGACACUCCGACACGAAUUCUGAAAGCGGGAAUGAUUGUUGUGAUAGUCCCACUGAUAACUCAACACAAACAGAAGACGUAAUUGCAGCACUACAGAAAAAUGGAAUAAAUUUCAUAAAUGCAGGGAAGGCGAAGAAGGGAGCAAAGCCGAAGGGCGCAAUGAGGAUCGACAUCCCAGCCACGAAUCCGGCUCGAACAAUCUCAGCAGUUACAUCCAUGUUAUGGGAAGACCUGGUGAAUAAUCCAAAGAAAGAUGGGCAGGGAGAGUUUGUUAACAGGAAAAAGAUUCAGUGUGCUGAGAAAAUGAUCAGAGGCGCAUUUGUGGAACUCUACAGAGGCCUUGGCUUACUUAAAACCUACAGCUCACUGAAUAUGGUGGCGUUUACGAAAAUAUUGAAAAAGUUUGACAAGGUAUCAAACCAGGACGCGUCUGCAAGUUAUCUAAAAGUGGUAAAGAGAUCCCAUUUCAUUAGUUCUGAUAAGGUGGUGAGACUAAUGGACGAAGUGGAGUCCUUGUUCACACAGCACUUUGCAAACGGUGACAGGAAAAAGGCAAUGAAAUUCUUGAGACCCCAGCAACACAGAGAAUCCCACAUGAUCACUUUUUUUGUUGGCUUGUUCACAGGCUGUUUUGUAACACUGUUUGGUGUGUACAUAAUCUUGGCACAUUUAAGUGGCAUGUUUUCCCCUUCUACACAAAUUGCUUAUAUGGAAACUGUCUACCCUGUUUUCAGUGUGUUUGCAUUGGCUAGCUUGCACAUGUUCGCCUAUGGUUGCGUCUUGUUUUGGUGGAAGGUAACAAGGAUCAACUACAACUUCAUAUUCGAAUUCCAGCCAAGUACUUCGCUUAAAUAUAGGGACGCCUUUCUCAUUUGUACUUGCAUGAUGACUUCUGUGGUUGGAGCAAUGGUCAUCCACCUUGUUAUGCUCUCCAAUGGAUUUUCGCCAUCAAAAGCUGAUACGGUUCCUGGCAUCCUCCUUGUGUUUUUCAUUGCACUUCUAGUAUGUCCGUUGAACAUUUUCUAUCGUCCAACACGAUAUUGUUUCCUCAGAAUCAUCCGCAAUAUAGUCUGCUCUCCAUUUUACAAGGUUCUACUGGUAGACUUUUUCAUGGCUGAUCAACUUACUAGUCAGAUUCCAUUGAUGAGGCACUUGGAAACUACAGUGUGUUACUUUUCUGCAGGGAGUUUUAGAACACACCAAUACGCUACUUGCAAAUCCGGCAAAAUGUACAGAGAACUAGCUUAUGUCAUCUCUUUCGCUCCAUACUAUUGGCGUGCCAUGCAGUGUGCUAGGCGAUGGUUCGAUGAAGGUGAUGUGACCCACUUGGCAAACUUGGGGAAGUAUGUCUCGGCAAUGGUGGCAGCUGGAGCCAGGCUAACCUAUGCCCAACAGCCUAACACAACUUGCAUGAUCAUAGUAUUGUUAACGUCAGUAGUGGCCACAAUCUAUCAGUUAUACUGGGACUUUGUUAAAGACUGGGGACUUUUGAAUCCGAAAUCCAAAAAUCCCUGGCUCAGAGAUGAACUCAUACUCAAGAACAAAAGCAUCUACUACAUAUCCAUUGCCUUAAAUACUGUUCUUAGGAUUGCUUGGUUGGAAACUGUUAUGAAAUUCAAUGUUGGGAUCAUCGAAUCAAGAUUGUUAGACUUUUUCUUGGCUUCCCUAGAGGUCAUCCGACGAGGGCACUGGAAUUUCUACAGGUUGGAGAAUGAACACUUGAACAAUUCCGGAAAUUACAGAGCUGUAAAGGCAGUUCCUUUGCCUUUUCGGGAGUCUGAUUCUGAUGGCUGAAGAAGUAAUGUGCAUAUGCCAAUUGAUGCUUGCCUGGAGUCAUUUAACGACUUGGGAUCGAAGAGUGAGGACUAAAUUGAUUGUGGCAAUGAAGAAAUCUUUGUUAGUAAUUAUCAUUGCAUGUUAAAUCUAUCAGCAAAGAAUGGAGCUGCAUGUCAACAGUGCAAGGCAGAGGCAAGCAAUAAAUGGACAAAUCACAGCAACCUAAUAAUAUAUGCCCCUUUGCAUGUAAUUAUCAUUUCAACUAGCUCUGGCAAUUUGUAAUUUUUGCAUAUUAAUGCAGAGUCUUUGAUUUUCCGUAAA